AACAAUAAAAAGUUAGUUGCCAUCCAGUGUGGUCAAGAGAGGGCCACGGCAAGUGUAGGGCCCAUUAUGAAUCCAUCUGUACUUCACUGCAAAAUUAACUUUGCCUCUACAAUAGAAAACAGAAACAAAAUGGCCAGCCGAAAAGCUCUAAUUAACAUCCACCGUAUCAUCCGCUCCACCGCGGUGGUUAACAGGAGAUCCGUGAUUCCAGCCGCUGCUGCCCGUUCACAUCCUAUUUUCCGAAAUGGAGUUGAUUUUGCGCCGAGAUUCUUCUGCGGGAACACGUCGAGUCCACAGAACUUUGAUAUAGAUCUCUCUAGCGAAGAGAAGAAGAGGAUUACGAUUAACAGAUUGUUGUAUAGGAGCAAGCAACGAGGGUUUCUGGAACUUGAUCUUGUUUUGGGGAACUGGGUUGAAGAGAAUGUCAAUUCCAUGGACGAGAACACCGUCAAAUCCCUUAUUCAUGUCCUCGAUUUGGAAAACCCUGAUCUUUGGAAAUGGUUAACUGGUCAGGAACAACCUCCGGAGAUAGUGAGCUCAAAUCCGGUAUUCUUGGCGUUGCACAAGAAAGUCAUGACGAAUCUGAACAAGCAUGCAGCACCAGAGACGCGUGCAGAAGCUGGACAGCCUUGGGUCAAAGGCUGGGAUGAUUUCAAGAGAGGCCGUGAUGCUCCGAUAUCAGGGAACCAGUAAAAUAAAAUAAAAACACUACUUACGAAAGUAACAAAUUUCCAAAAAGAAAAUACGUUUAUAUAAAAAGUAUCUUUACAUAGAUACCGAGUAGUCUUUACCUUUUACUAUUGUAUGAAUAAAGCGUGAGAGCAUAUAAUGCGUCUCAGAAGUAAGGUUGAGAGAGUGAAUUACAGGAUGUCUUGCUUGUCGAAGUUCUUGAUAUAUAAAUACAGGUAUCAAGGGAUUGCGUUUGUUGAA